AUGGCCAAGCGGCGUGCGGCAGAGCCGCUGACGUUCCACGUGCCUUGGAAGCGGCUCCUGCUCUCUGGGUUCACCGAGGAGCCGCCGCUCUGGACCCCGCCACAGGAGACCGCACAUCCGGGGCCUCUUCUCGGUGUGCCAGAACUGUCCCGAAAGCGCAAAGUCGGCGCAGGGUCCAUGACCGAGCCUAUGGCUUCGCCCAGCAAACGCCGUGAUGACGGGGACAGCAGUACUCCCGGCGGCCCAGUUGAUGAGGAGGCCCGCAGCCUGCAGACCGGCGAGCUGCCCGUGCGGCCCAACGGGCCGGGGGAGGAGCCCCGGGGUGCCCUGCCCCAGAGGGGCGGAGGCGACGACGGGGCGGGGCGCGCAGGGACCCCGAGGGGAAACUGGGGGACCGUGCAGUGCCAGCAUAAUGAAGAAUUUUGGCAGUAUAAUACCUUUCAAUACUGGAGGAAUCCUUUACCACCAAUUGAUCUGGCAGACAUUGAAGAUGUCAAUGAAGAUAAGCUGACAGAAGCCACGCUUCAGGGCAAGAAUGAGCUGGUUGAGAUUGACAUGGAGUCCUGA